GACCGAGUUCCCGGCCCAAGAUCGUUCGCCCUCAUGGCUCCCGUCCAAUUUCCAUGGAAGAAGUCAGUUGAUCACAUUGAAGAAGUCGACUCACACAACUCCUUCUCCAUGUCCCUGGAUCUGUCCCGUAACGGCAUCGUCUGUGGCCCAUCUUCUGGGUUCAAUUUGACAGGAUUGUUCCAGCUUAUCGAGAAACGCAAGGCUGAAGGUUCUCUUUCGGGACUCGCUGGACCAGAUGGAACUAUCAACUGCGUCUUUCUAUGCUGUGAUUUGCCGUACCAGUACAUAAGCGAGUACUUCGACAAGCUCGGAGAAACCUAUUUUCCAUCCAUCAAGAACGAGGAUCUUUUGAAAGUCGACCGUUACAGGUAUGAUGAGAAGUGGGAGCGAACAGUAUCUGAAGCCAUUGAUGCCUUUUUCGAUGUUGAUAGAGGCGCUCUUCUCGACAUGGUGCUUGCAGACCCCAAGAGCGCUUCAGUAAGCACAAUUGAUUUGCAUGGUAUUCUUCGUUCGAGACAGGAUACUACGAUAAUCGACCUGCGACAGCCUCAAGACUUCAGAAACUUCCAUCUUCCUGGUGCCUUCAACAUCCCCUUUGUAAAUGACAACACACCGAGUCCCUUCUCUGAUGCGAAGCUCUUGGAAACAUUAUGGACGAGUCUUGAAGACACAUUCAAGAAACCUAACCAAGACCUCCAGUCUCUGCUGCAAGAUAGAAGGAUCUUGCUCACUUGUUAUGACGGAGAUAGUGCUCGUGUUGCGACAAGUGUUCUUCGUGCCAAGGGAUAUGAAGCCGAUAGUAUCCGAGGUGGGUUUCAGGCACUGAAUAAGAUGAGGGACAGCUCAAGCAAGGCUUCUCUAGAUGGCACCAGAGAGCCAUCACCUUGGGUUGGUCUGACUCGGGAAGUUUUUGGUGCUGGACCUUCGCAAUCAGCUCGUGUCUCAUUGUAA